AUGUCCACACAUCCACAUGUUCAUAAAACGUCUGAAAGACCUGCGGCAUAUCAACAAGAAAUCUAUUCAAAGGGAUUAAAAGGUAUUAAACCAAGAUUUAGUUUUGAUGUGACACAAUGGGGCUCGAUGGCAAAAGAGAUACUUCCAGCAUCUGCAUGGGGUUAUGUACAUGGAAAUGCAGGUACAAGAGAAACCUAUGAAAACAAUAGAAAAUCAUUCAAGAAAUGGGCUAUCGUUCCUAACAGAUUGGUUAAAUUCGAUAAAGUCGAUUUGACAACUAAGGUUUUGGGAUUGGAAUUAAAUAAUCCACUUAUCAUAGCCCCUGUAGGAGUCCUUCAGAUAUUUCACGAAGAUAAAGAAGGGGGAGUAGCUAAAGCAGGUGGAAAUGUCAAUGUACCAUAUACUCUUAGUACUGCUGCUGCGUCAAGUAUUGAAGAAGCAGCAGAAGCCAGUGGAGAUGGAUUGAGGUUUUUCCAAUUGUAUUGGCCUUCGAGAGGACAUGAUGAUAUAACCAUAUCAAUGUUGAAACGGGCAAAAGCCGCAGGAUAUAGAGCCCUAUUCGUGACGCUCGAUACCUAUAUCCUUGGAUGGAGACCUGACGAUGAAAAUCACGCUUACAAUCCAUUCUUGAGACCUGAUGCGAUCGGAGUAGAAAUCGGAUUCAGUGAUCCUGUAUUCAGAAGUAAAUUCAAGCAAAUGACUGGAAAACAAGUCGAAGAAGAUAUGUCAAAUGCAGCUCGUACAUGGAGUCAAAUCGUUUUUCCAGGUGUAUCGAACGGAUGGGAAGAUCUUGAUUUCCUCAAACAACAUUGGGAUGGUCCCAUUGUCCUCAAAGGUAUACAGACAGUUGCGGAUGCUAAAAAAGCAGUGUCAGCGGGUGUACAAGGAAUUGUCGUCUCUAAUCACGGAGGUAGACAGGUGGAUGGUUGUAUAGCAAGUCUCGAAAUGUUACCUGAGAUCGCCGAUGCCGUAGGGGACAAAAUCGAUGUUCUGUUCGAUUCUGGUAUUACGUGCGGCGCCGAUAUAGUCAAAGCGCUAGCGCUAGGUGCUAAAGCUGUGUUGGUUGGGAGACCAUAUGUGUAUGGAUUGGCUUUCGGCGGUCAAGAUGGAGUAGAACAUGUACUCAAAAGCUUAUUGGGUGAAUUGGAUUUAUCCUUACAACUUUCAGGCGUCCCUUCUGUCAAUAAGAAGCAUCUUAAUCGAGAUAUCCUUCGUCGGGUCGAGUGA